CUGAAAAAUGCAGGAAAGAAGGAGCGACGCUGGGAAGGUUUCUUUUCUUGUUUUGAAAACUGAAGGGACUAAAAUAUUUACAAGUAUAUUACGGGGUUAAAAGGCUAUGGGGAGAGUCUGACGUCGGCAAAAUGGAUAUUACAACUGCGGUCUUCAACGCGGCCAGAGAUGGGAAGCUAAAACUUAUCCAGAAGUUGCUGAGCAACAAAAGUCCGGAGGAGUUGGAGGCGCUUGCCGAGGAGAAGACCCAAGGAGGCACGCCGCUUCUGAUCGCCUCCCGAUACGGUCAUUUGGAGGUAGUGGAUUAUCUACUUCAGCGCUGUAAAGCUAAUGUAGAGCUGGGGGGAUCCGUUAACUUUGACGGAGAGACAAUUGAGGGCGCACCCCCUUUAUGGGCGGCUUCUGCUGCUGGUCACCUGCCGGUCGUGCGGACUUUGCUGAAGCAUGGGGCGUCAGUCAACAACACAACGCUAACAAAUUCGACCCCACUACGUGCUGCCUGUUUUGAUGGCCACCUCGAAAUUGUGCGCUACCUGGUGGAGCACCGUGCUGAUAUGGAGGUAGCUAACCGGCAUGGCCACACCUGUCUCAUGAUAUCUUGCUACAAAGGCCACAAAGAGAUUGCUAAAUUCCUGCUUGAGCGUGGUGCUGAUGUUAACCGCAAGAGUAUAAAGGGCAACACAGCACUCCAUGACUGUGCAGAGUCUGGGAGCCUGGACAUCAUGAAGAUGCUGUUGAAGUGCAAUGCACGCAUGGAAAAGGACGGCUAUGGAAUGACCCCCUUGCUUGCGGCUAGCGUGACUGGUCACACAAACAUAGUGGAGUACCUGGUGCAUCAGCCUCGCAGCUCACGAGAGGAGCGUGUCGACGCUCUCGAGCUCUUGGGUGCCACGUUUGUCGACAAGAAGCGGGACCUGCUGGCCGCCAUGCGGUACUGGCGACGGGCUUUGGAGCUACGUCAGCCGGGGGACAGAACUAGGGCGCUAGUCAAACCCCCUCCUGGCCCCCCCGUAAUGGCGUACGACUGCACGCAGGAAGUGACCACGUCUGAGGAGCUGGAGGCUCUCAUCACUGACCCUGACGAGAUGCGCAUGCAGGCCCUGCUGGUCCGCGAGCGCAUCUUGGGGCCCUCACACCCGGACACCUCCUACUACAUCCGCUACCGAGGGGCCGUCUACGCCGACUCUGGCAACUUCGAGCGCUGCAUUAGCCUGUGGAAGUACGCGCUGGACAUGCAGCAGAGCAACCUGGACCCGCUCAGCCCCAUGACGGCCAGCAGCUUCCUGUCCUUUGCCGAACUCUUCUCCUUCGUGCUCCAGGACCGGGCCAAGGGCACGCUGGCCACCCGCGUCACGUUCCAGGACCUGAUGGGCGUGCUGGGCAAGAGCGUGCGCGAGGUGGAGCGGGCGGUGGCCCAGCGCGACAGCCCACCGGAGGCACCCCAGUUCACCAAGGCCCUCUCCAUCAUCCUGCACCUCCUCUUCCUCCUGGAGAAGCUGGACUGCACCCCCGAGCAGGAGCACCAGAAGAAGCAGACCGUCUACCGGCUGCUGAAGCUGAACCCGCGGGCGCGCCGCGGCUACACCCCGCUGCACAUGGCGGUGGACAAGGACACCACUGCGGUGGGCCGCUACCCCGUGGGCCGCUUCCCGUCGGCAGCCGUGGCAGGGCUGCUUCUGGAGUGCGGGGCCGACGUGGACUCGCGCGACGGCGACAACAACACGCCGCUCCACGUUUCCGCUGCCAACGGCUGCCCCGACAUCAUGAGCAUGCUGGUGUGCGCCGGGUCCCACUUCGACGCCACCAACGCCGAGGGGAAGACUGCCUACGAGAUGCUGGAUGAGCAGAACGCCGGCCGCCACGCCCUGCACCCCCUCAACCACGUCACGCUGCAGUGCCUGGCGGCCCGCUCCAUCGAGAAGCACAGACUGCCCUACAAGGGGCUCAUCUCAGAGGAGAUGGAGGCCUUCAUUGAAUUGCACUAACCCCUCCUCUCCCCCUCCCUGAUCUUGCCUUCUCUCCGUCAGCCAUUUGCUCUGUACUUUUACACUAAAUUCUUCUCAGGCUUAGACCAAAUCAAAGCAAUAAUCCCAUGCCACCGAUCACAAGUGACAAACCUGUAAUUUGGAGAGGUUUUUUCUUGUCUGCUUCUUUUUUCCAUUUGAAAUACUUGGCUGGGAUUUUGCAGUUAGACCAUAUACUUUUAUUUAGGCAUUUGCAGUGUCUACAAGAGCAAGAUAACAAGUGUUUAGCUUUGCCUGUCAGUAUGUAAUUUGGCAGUACAAUUAUUUUAAGGUGAGGGUUGGCAGUAGUUAGAAUAGAAUAAAGAAUGGGGUUAUAUUGCUUGUGGGAUUAUAAACUCUGAAAUGCCUGCAUGUUGGGAUAAAUAUGAUGGUGAGAGAGAGUUCAUUUAAAUCUUCUUUUAUUGCAAUCCAUCAGCCUCUGUGGUACAGAUCAUGUCUACUCAGCUCCAUGGUCUGUAUAUCUGUUGUCGCUGUUUAUUUUUUAUUUAUUCCAUUUUAUAGUUAACCUCACUUGAGAAAAGAAGUACAGUCUGCUGUGCCAAAUUGCCACCGUGUUUUCUCAGUUUUCAUUGCCAGUGGAGAGACUUUUCAGAAGAUUUUGCAGCUUUAAAGAGUAACUUUUGUAUGGCUGCUUACCAGUCUAGAGCUCUGGCCAUAGCAGAGUUUACUUGUAUUUUAAUGGUUAUUUGAAACCAUAUCCUAACCUUGGUAAACCUGACACAAGGAGAGCUUGGAAAAGGACAAACUAUUUUAACCUCCAGGAGAAUCAGUCAUGCUUUGCUAGAGCUGUCUGUCCAUUGCAGUGAAUGAAUGAAAGUUAUUCCUAGAACUGGGAUAACCAGAGGAUUUCACCACAUUCUGAGGAGGCUGAAAUGCAUUAUGGAGUCUGUAAACAGACUACACUUGCCUCUUCGUCUUAUUGGACAUUUUCAUUUUCGUUUUGUUACUGUAUCACAUUUUGUUGUGAACUUGACCUUAUUUAAAGCACUUUGAAAAAUCCUAGGAUCUUAUUUUGCAUCCAAACCGUGGACUCACUCAGUUUAACAGAUUAAUUCAUUUUAACACCAUUGGGACAAAGCAUUAGUUUGAGAUGCCUGAAUAAAAUUCAGUAUCCCAUGA